AUGAAAACCUUCACCGCUCUGUUAACUCUAACAGCACUCGCUUCAAGCGUAAAACUCCCCCAAAAUUUCCAAAAAUGCGCCCGAAACCGACCAGAUUUCAAAAACUGCGUGUUCAAAGCGGCCCAAAACGGCAUCCCCCAACUAAACAAACCCUACGACGAGCUCACUCUCCCAAACCUGGAACCACUCCACCUGGAAGAAAUAACCAUAGGGGGGCUAGACGGACCAGUGACCCUUCAGCAGAAGUUCAAAAACUGUGACUUGUAUGGACUGAGCACCCUACAAGUGGAUCAGUUUGUGUUCGAUUUUGACAAAAACGAGAUCAAAAUUUCCGGGAUGGUCCCAGAAAUUCGAAUAUUGGGCCAGUACGAGGUGAAAGGGAGGGUGUUGCUGCUGCCUGUUGACGGAAGAGGAGACGCUACGAUUAUUUUGAGUGAGUUUUUGUUACCAGAAUUGUGUAUUUUGGGAAUGUCGGAUGGUUUUCUAGAGGAGUUAAAAAUCGAGGACGUUUUGUCAUUCGAACAAAAAAAGAAGAAAAAUGGGACUUAUUUGAGUUUUAGGUCGAGUCGGGUUGGGUUGGAGCCGGGGUUAGUAAUUUUUGAUUUUAGGAGUGCUGUUAGUAAAAAUUUGAGCGACCGGUUCAAUCCGGUGUUGAACGAGAACUGGAAGCUGGUGUUUGAGGAUGUUCAACGAGAUUACGAGGAGUUGAUAGACAAGAUUGUUCUGAGUUUAGCCAAUAGUUUUUUUUCUAAGGUAUCUGUAGAAGAAGCUUUUGAUUAG